AAUCAGAUUACGUAACCAUGAACCGGCGGCCGUCGGCAAAGAAAGAAGACUCAAAUUGUUUACCAAUAAACCGGCGUUCGUCGAGAAGAAAAGCCUCAGAAAUAAUGCAGAAUGACGUGGUCCAAAUUAUAUACGAAGACGACGGCGCUGAUAUCGCCGACACAGUUGGACAGACACUAAGUAACGAUGACUUAGAAAUAACCGUUGUCAAGAGUACACUGACACAUACUAAGGAUGGUCAACAAAUCUGGGGUUCUGCCACCGUCAACGCCAUCAUAAUGACCCCGGACAUACUCCGUGUACUCCAGGAGAACGAGCAGGAAUGUUUCACUGGUGUUUUUACGUCUGCUACUAAAACAAUUAUGAUGAUACCCAAACAAUUCGAAAUCGAAAAUUGUAAAAAAGUGUUGGCAGAAAAAUACAAGAUGAGUUCGAAAUGGCAAGUGACACAUAUCGGCAGAUCAGCAAUAACAUUCAAGAGAUCGAUUCUGGAUAUACUUGAGAUGGUUGAACAGAGAAAUUCGGCGCCAACUCUGAAGCUUUGCAAUAUAGUUCCUCAUACAAUCCGGUCGAUACAGGAUUCCGUGUACGUGGUGUUCCGAUCGGACGUCCCAGCACACGUCACUGUCACCGUACUAGACGAACUAGGUAGUGACGUCACGUUCAAAACCACCCGCAUGAACGCGUCCAUGUUUUCUUUCAAACCAAAAGGACUUACUCACGGUGAGAAGAAAAUCGAAGUGAAAGUUGGCGACGAGUAUGCUGGGCUCUGUUCAGUGAUUAUCAAAUCACAAACGGAGGUGUUCUCGGAUUUGCUCGCUGACGUCAUCAACCCAGUUACCUUCAUGUGUGACGUCAUGGGAGUUUCGGAGAAGACAAAGGAUGCUUUAGAUACUGAUUUUGUAGACAGAUUUUCUAACGGCAAAUGUUCUGAGCCGAUGAACAACCUGAUGACCGGAAACUCCAACUUCGACGAUUGCGACACGCGCAGCAGCAAGCUGUACCCCACUCUGCUACACUUUGCUGCCCAUUACGGACUGCCUGGUCUGUGUAAAAUCCUCCUCGAGUACCCUGGUGCAGAUAUUGCCAAACGCCUGAAAAACCGGGACAGUCGAACACCCUAUGAUCUCGCUAAGCUAUCCGAAGAAAGAUAUCUAGCAGAAUUGCUACUUGACGAUAACUGUGUAAUAGAGCGAAGGGGUUCUCGAGGAGAGUCGAUGUUGGCCUGCGCGAGCGGAGAAUUUGAAACGGAUGAACGGAACUCCCCUCCACCGCUACCAAACAGAGGGAGACUGUCCUCGGAACAAAUUUGGUCCCGGCGUAUGACUGUUGCGUGGGAGGACAAUACCACACCCCAGUUACUACAGCUUUCAAAUGACUCAAAUGAACCAUUCACCACUCACUUUUAGUCGUCAGACGUAUUUGUCUCACCAGGAAUUACAUUUUAACUUUCAUGUCAAUCUCCGUUAGUAUUUCGAUGACAUCAAAAUCAUAAUAGGAAGCGAGGGUUACUGUUUCUGUCGAUUUUUGAACACAUUCGACAGGACAUUUAUUUUCAAAUAAGUCUUAAACAAACUGGAAAUUGAACAUAUCGAACACAACGGUUUACUCUACAAUGACCAUUGUAGUAAAUUAUGACCUAUCGCGUCAUUCAACUAACUGGGCUGAGUUAAUAUGUACAUAUCAGUUUCUUGUUUAUCGUUUCUCGGACUUGACUUGACGGAUGUCAUCAAUGGUGCAGUUAACGCUUACCCUUCCGGAACACUUGGUUUUAAUGUUCUGGUACUUUUUCUUUUUCAAUGGAUUCCGUGCUAUACUUCAUUAUUGUUGCUGAUUUGUUGCCUUACUUUAAUGAAUUUCGAGUUCUCAUUAAGGGUUUGACGAGAGUUUAGUAGUCUCCUGUGUUUUUUGUUUGGUUGUUUUGUGAAGAUUAUAAUUAUUUGUCAUAUGAAGACAGAUUGAACCAAUGAUUGUGAUAAUAAUGUAUAUAUAUAUAUAUAUCUAGAAGUCAUGACCUUUAUUAUUAAGUUCACGAUUACAUUAUUACAUGAUUACAUGAAUCCUGUUGUGAGUGAUUUUAGUCACCAAAUUAAUAUUGAAAUAUACAGUGUCCCUAAUAGUCAUAUCCGUAAUAUAUUAACAGCACAUAACGAAUGUAGUCAUUUAUUCAAACCUGUUUAAUUCAAUUAUUUAUAAGUUAUUCAAAGUUGAUGUAAUGGCAUAAGAAAGUAAAAAUUGUAAGCAUACAUACACGUGCGACCCCCUACCCCCUCCACACACACACAUGCACACACGUGCGACCCCAACUCUCUCCACACACCUGUACACGCCUGUGACCCCUUUCCCCUAAAUACACACAUGCACACGUGUGCGAUCCUGCAUCCUCUCCACACACACAUGGGACCCACUACGCCCUUCACGCAAACAUACAGCCACGUGCGACCCCUACCCCCCCCCUCCUCACACACAUACACACUCAUUCGACCUCUACCACCUACACACACCUACACACACACACCCGUGCGACCCCUGUACCCCUUCCACACACAUAUAUACACGUGCGACCCCCUACCCCAUCCACACACACAUACUCCAACGUGCGAUCACAUACCCCCUCUACGCACACAUACACACAUGUUUGACCCUCUACCACCUCCACACACACACACGUCCAAACCCCGUACCCCCUACACACACACUCACACACGCAUACACACGUGCGACCCCCUACCGCCCCACAGACACAUACACCCACGUGCUACCCCUUCCAUACACACAUACACACGCGUGAGACCCCCUUCCCCUCCACACACACAUGUGCGAACCCUACUCCUUUCACACACACAUAUACACCAGCAUGCAUGAAUGCAUGUAUCGUUUUACAUUACCUUGUGAAGUACAAAACCUGAUUAUGAAGUGAGGUUUUGGAGCAAGUCGAUGCAUUUUUAUGUCUAACUUCGGUUUGUAGACCCCUGUAGGACACAUACGCACCCCCCUCCCCCCGACACACACACACACACACACACACACUCACCCGUACACACACAAAUAUGAGCACACCGUGACUACAAGGACAUAUGUAAUAAGAUGUUUUCUGCGUGCAUGGCGAGUUCAAUACGUCAUCAUCCUUUUUUGUAAAGCAAUGUUGUUAACGUUGAUGUGAUUUCAAAUCCAUAAAAUAUUAAAUAAAA